GCCGCUGGCGCCAGGCAGGCUGCACGCGAUGCUGUGGGAGGACCUGGCCAGGGAGCACCGCUUGGAGCGGCGCCGCGGCGGCGGCUGGACGGCCCCGGCCCGGCCCGACGGCCGGCUCUACGGGCCUCCACCGCAGAGGCUCCUCGAGUCCGCGCCGUUUGCGGAGCUGCGCGCCGGCCUGGGGCGCACCCUCGACGCCCUCUUCGGCGCCGGGGCCUGGCGGCUGGACAGACAGAUCACGACUUUCGCGGACUGCCCUGACCUGGAAGGCAGAGGCCCACCCCGAGAGGCGGUUGGCCUCGGGCAGGGGCACGGCCGCGGCGCCGGCGGGGAAGGGCAGCAUAUUUACACCACGAUGCUGCUCCGGGGCUCCGGCCUGCGGGCGCAGCGCCUCGCCGGGGCGGUGGCGAAAGGACGGCAGACGCUGAAGCUCGCGCUGGCCGCCGAGUCCGCCUGGCUCGCCGAGCUCUUCGGGGCGCACCGCUUGGGGCGCAGCUGCAGGGACACCAGCCGCGAGGCGAGCAGCGCCGUCCUGGACCAGCUGGACCCCGACCACGCGUCCCGUGCGCGGCGGCUCCUCGGCGGCGGGGUCGUGUCGCGCGGGGUCUGCCUGCGCGUCGAGGAGCUGACUGGGGAGCGCGGCGAUACCCGCGUUUCGUGUGGGACCCGCGCCUGCUGCACAGCGCGAGCAGGAACGUGAGCGCGACGCCGCGGUCGGUGCUCAAGUUUCGGGUCAAGCUGAGCUGCUGGCGCCAACAGCAACUUGGGCUGGCUGCGGGGAGAGCCGCUGGUGAGCUCGGCCAGCGCCUGGAAAAGAGCCUUUCCAAUUCCUUGCCUCUUGGGGUAUGCAUGAUUCGUUGUGAGCUCCAUGCUCCCUUCCUCCUGC